AUGCGUCUCAUCAACACAACCACUUUUGAGCUCGAAGAGUACUUCGGGUCUAAUAUACCCAAAUACGCGAUUCUUUCACAUGCCUGGGGAAAUGAGGAGGUCUCGUUCCAAGACUGGGCAAAUCCGACCCGCCGAAUUGCGAAGGCGGGAUACCUCAAAAUCGAUUCCGCCUGCCGCCAAGCAAGGGGAGAUCGGCUUGGCUACCUCUGGGUUGAUACGAAUUGCAUCGACAAAUCUAGCUCAGCCGAGCUAACCGAGGCUAUCAACUCCAUGUUCACUUGGUAUCGCGACGCACGCAUCUGCUAUGUAUAUUUGGAGGAUGUCCCAGAGAAAAAUUUUGAGAACAGUCGCUGGUUUACUCGCGGUUGGACUCUACAAGAAUUACUGGCCCCCAGCAUAGUCAACUUUUACGACGAUGGUUGGACGAUGCUGGGUACCAAGCAGAACCUGGCCACGAAAAUCUCCAAUAUCACAGGCAUCGAGAUGAAUUAUCUUGUUAAACGCAAUGAUUUUACAUAUGCCAGCGUCGCUACAAGAAUGGACUGGAUUUCCCGUCGAAAAACUACCCGGGAAGAAGACAUGGCCUACUGUAUGCUUGGAAUAUUUGACAUAAAUAUGCCCCUUCUUUACGGGGAGGGGCGUAAAGCUUUUAUGCGCCUGCAAGAGGAAAUCAUUAGAGUGUCUAAUGACCAUACAAUCUUUUGCUGGACGUGGGAUAAAGAAAUUCCCGGGUUCUGCGGCACUAUACUAUCCGUGUCGCCGUUAGCAUUCUCAAACUCGGCCAAGUAUAAUACCCAGCAUGGCCGUGGCCGACCCAUCCCGUACUCGAUCACGAACGUUGGGCUAUCGAUUCGGCUUCCCAUUCUGAGCGCCUGGCGGUGCGCGAGUUGGCAUAGCUUUAUAUGGCUCCCUUGA